GGCAGGGAACCGGAGCCUUGGAGCGACCCAGCCCCUCGCCUCUGUACUCGCCCGCGCCUGCAACCGGGUGCGGAGACUCCCGCGAACUCAGAUCGAACGGCGGAGGACAGAAGCGGCAGGCGGCGGACGUGGCCGAGAAGCGGCGGGCUGGGGCGCAGCGCACCCGUUGCCGGGCAGGGGAGCGGCAGGGGAGCCGCGCCUUCUCUCAGACCCUCCGCUCCGACGCCGGCGCCUGCCGCCUCCUCAGUCCCGCUGCCUCCUCGGCUUGGGGGCCACCACAGCGAUGCGGAGCGGAGCCUCUAGACCUCCGACUCGCUGAAGAAACAGCAGCCGUUCGCCCGGAGCCGACGGGGACAGUGCUAGCGGAUCGUGCUCCGCGGAGGCUCGGGGCGCAGGGACUACGGGGGGAGGGGGAGGGACCGCUCUGUCGGUGCCCAGCGCCAGCCGCGGCUUUGAAGGGUUUUCCUCCUGGCCCUCAGCAGCUCCUCCGCGGACUCCGGGAGGCAGCGGGCGGCGUCCUGGGGCUCCCUUAUCGACCCGAUCGGACUUCAGAAGGUGAUCGUUCCGCUUUCCCACUCCCCCUUCCCGCCCCGUUUCCCCCACUUAACUUUUUGUCUCUGUUCAUCCGCGGCUCGAUCCUCUCCCUGCAAAUCCACCCGCAGCUGAGCCAACUGCCCGGGGCAUGGGCCCCCCAACACGGCUUCUGGAGGCCCCGAGGCCUCGAAAGAUGUGAGAGGCCCGCCCCGGGCUUAUCCAGAGCUUUGCGAGAGGAGCUGAUAGCCCCCGGCCUCCUCACGCCUGGCGGGGUGGCGGAGCGCGCUGCGCCCCCGCGGUGCUGAGCGUCCCGGAGCGCCCAAUCCGAGGCUGGAAGGAGUCGCCGGCCGGAGGCGCGCGGCGGAGAGCAAGCUGUCAUGCCCUAUUGAUCCCCCCCUGCCCCCCGCCAAGUAUGUUUGGGCUGGACCAAUUCGAGCCCCAGAUCAACAGCAGGAACGCUGGCCAGGGCGAGAGGAACUUUAACGAGACCGGACUGAGCAUGAAUGCCCACUUUAAGGCCCCUGCUUUCCACACAGGGGGACCCCCUGGCCCCGUGGACCCUGCCAUGAGUGCGCUGGGCGAGCCCCCGAUCUUGGGCAUGAACAUGGAGCCAUACGGCUUCCACACGCGGGGCCACUCGGAGUUGCACACAGGGGGGCUGCAGGCACAGCCUGUGCACGGCUUCUUCAGCGGCCAGCAGCCUCACCAUGGCCACCCGGGAGGCCACCACCCCCACCAGCAUCACCCCCACUUCGGGGGCAACUUCGGUGGCCCGGACCCGGGGGCCUCAUGCCUGCAUGGGGGUCGCCUGCUUGGCUACGGCGGCACUGCCUCGGGCUUGGGCAGCCAGCCGCCCUUUGCGGAGGGUUACGAGCACAUGGCAGAGAGCCAGGGGCCAGAGAGCUUCGGCCCGCAGCGACCAGGAAACCUCCCGGACUUCCACAGUUCGGGCGCCUCGGGCCACGCCGUACCCGCCCCGUGCCUGCCGCUGGACCAGAGCCCUAACCGGGCCGCCUCUUUCCACGGCCUCCCCGCCUCCAGCGGCUCCGAUUCCCACAGUCUUGAGCCUCGGAGGGUGACGAACCAAGGAGCCGUCGACUCGCUGGAAUACAAUUACUCGGGCGAGGCGCCCUCGGGACAUUUUGACAUGUUUUCACCCUCUGACUCAGAGGGGCAGCUGCCUCACUAUGCCACGGGUCGUCAGGUUCCCGGGGGCUCUUUCCCGAGUGCCUCGGCCAUGCCCAGAGCUGCGGGCAUGGUGGGCUUGUCCAAAAUGCACGCCCAGCCUCCGCAGCAGCCGCCUCCACAACCCCCGCAGCCGCAACAGCAGCAUGGCGUGUUCUUCGAGCGGUUCGGUGGGGCCCGAAAGAUGUCUGUGGGUCUGGAGCCCGGGGUGGGCACCAGGCACCCGCUGAUGCAGCCUCCCCAGCAGGCCCCACCACCCCCUCCGCAGCAGCCCCCGCAGCAACCGCCCCAACAGCAGCCGCCCCCGCCACCCGGGCUUCUAGUCCGACAAAAUUCGUGCCCGCCUGCGCACCCGCGGCCCCAGCAGGGUGAGGCGGGCACGCCCAGUGGAGGCUUGCAGGACGGGGGCCCCAUGCUGCCCAGCCAGCACGCGCAGUUCGAGUACCCCAUCCACCGGCUGGAGAACCGGAGCAUGCAUCCUUUUUCCGAGCCUGUUUUCAACAUGCAGCAUCCCCCUCCGCAGCAGGCGCCCAACCAGCGGCUGCAGCAUUUCGACGCGCCCCCCUACAUGAACGUGGCCAAGAGGCCGCGCUUCGACUUCCCAGGCGGAGCGGGAGUGGACCGCUGCGCGUCUUCGUGGAAUGGUAGCAUGCACAACGGGGCUCUGGACAACCACCUCUCGCCCUCUGCCUACCCGGGCCUACCCGGCGAGUUCACGCCGCCUGUACCCGACAGCUUUCCCUCAGGACCUCCCUUGCAGCACCCGGCCCCGGACCACCAGUCCCUGCAGCAGCAGCAACAGCAGCAGCAGCAGCAGCAGCAGCAACAGCAGCAGCAGCAGCAGCAACAGCAGCAGCAGCAGCAGCAACAGCAGCAACAGCAGCAACAGCAACAGCAACAGCAGCAGCAGCAACGCCAAAACGCAGCUCUCAUGAUUAAACAGAUGGCGUCGCGGAAUCAGCAACAGCGUCUGCGCCAGCCCAACCUGGCCCAGUUAGGCCACCCAGGGGACGUGGGCCAGGGUGGUCUGGUCCACGGCGGCCCAGUGGGCGGGUUGGCCCAGCCGAACUUUGAGCGCGAAGGCUCCAGCGCGGGUGCUGCGGGGCGCCUGGGCACCUUCGAGCAGCAGGCGCCGCACUUGGCCCAGGAGAGCGCAUGGUUCCCAGGUCCGCACCCGCCGCCCGGUGACCUGAUGCCCCGCAGGAUGGGCGGCUCGGGCCUGCCGGCUGACUGCGGCCCGCACGACCCGGGCCUGGCGCCUCCCCCUCCGCCCGGUGGCUCAGGGGUGCUGUUCCGGGGCCCUCUGCAGGAGCCGCUGAGGAUGCCCGGAGAGGGCCACGUGCCCGCGCUACCCUCGCCGGGCCUGCAGUUCGGGGGCAGCCUGGCUGGCCUGGGCCAGUUGCAGUCGCCUGGGGCCGGGGUGGGACUGCCCAGCGCGUCCUCGGAGCGCCGGCCCCCGCCACCGGACUUCGCCGCGCCGGGGCUCGGGGGCCAGCCGGGCUUUCCGUUUGGCGCAGGGAGCAGGCAGGCCACUCCGCACAGCGGUCCCGGCGUCAACUCGCCCCCGAGCGCGGGCGGGGGCAGUGGAAGCUCCGGGAGUGGCGGGGGCGCGUACCCACCACAGCCGGAUUUCCAGCCCAGCCAGCGCACCUCGGCCAGUAAGCUGGGUGCACUCUCCCUGGGCUCCUUCAACAAGCCCAGCUCCAAGGACAACCUGUUUGGCCAGAGCUGCCUGGCUGCGCUCUCCACUGCUUGCCAGAACAUGAUCGCCAGCCUGGGGGCCCCCAACCUCAACGUGACCUUCAACAAGAAGAACCCACCCGAGGGCAAGAGGAAACUGAGCCAGAAUGACACCGACGGUGCGGCAGUGGCCGGCAACCCGGGCUCGGAUUACUUCCCUGGGGGGCCUGCUCCUGGGGCCCCGGGACCCGGAGGCCCGGCAGGGACCAGCAGCAGUGGCUCCAAAGCCUCAGGGCCGUCAAACCCACCCAACCAGGGGGAUGGCACUAGCCUCUCCCCCAACUACACACUAGAGUCCACAUCGGGGAACGACGGCAAGCCGGUCCCCGGGGGCGGUGGCCGGGGACGGGGUCGCAGAAAAAGGGACAGUGGUCACGUGAGCCCUGGGACCUUCUUUGACAAGUACUCAGUGGCUCCCGACAGCGGGGGCGCUCCUGGGGUGAGCCCGGGGCAGCAGUCAGCUCCAGGCGCUGCCGUAGUAGGGGGAAGCUCUGUGAGCGAGGCUCGCGGGGCGCCCACGCCUCAUGAGAAGACACUCACAUCGCCGUCGUGGGGGAAAGGGGCCGAGUUGCUCCUGGGGGACCAGCCAGACCUCAUGGCAUCCCUGGACGGUGGGGCCAAGUCGAACGGUAGUUCGCCCCACGUGGGUGAGUUCACCUCCGACGAGGUGAGUACGAGCUACACCAAUGAGGACGAAGUGUCGUCCAGCUCCGACAACCCUCCGGUCCUGGCCAAAGCCAGCAGGAGCCCCCUGGUGACUGGCUCACCCAAACUCCCUCCGCGAGGGGUGGGCACCGAACAUGGACCGAAGGCGCCUCCACCCCCGCUCGGCCUGGGCAUCAUGUCUACCUCUACCUCGACCCCUGACAGCUACGGCGGGGGCGGGGGCUCUGGCCAUCCGGGCACUCCGGGCCUGGAGCAGGUCCGGACCCCCACUAGCAGCAGCGGUGCGCCACCCCAGGACGAGAUCCACCCUCUGGAGAUUCUCCAGGCACAGAUCCAGCUGCAGAGGCAGCAGUUCAGCAUCUCUGAGGACCAGCCCCUGGGGCUCAAGGGUGGCAAGAAGGGUGAAUGCUCAGUCGGGGCCGCGGGCACGCAGAACGGUGACAGUGAGCUGGGGAGCUGCUGCUCCGAGGCGGUCAAGAGUGCCAUGAGCACCAUCGACCUGGACUCACUGAUGGCGGAGCACAGCGCCACCUGGUACAUGCCAGCUGACAAGGCCCUGGUGGACGGCUCAGAGGACGACAAGACUCUGGCACCUUGGGAGAAGGGCAAACCCCAGAACCCCAACAGCAAAGAAGCCCUUGACCUCCCGGCCAGCAAGGCCUCGGCCACCCAGCCCGGCAGCCACUUGCAGUGCCUGUCCGUCCACUGCACCGAUGACGUGGGCGACGCCAAGGCCCGUGCCUCGGUGCCCGCCUGGCGGUCCCUGCACUCCGACAUCUCCAACAGAUUCGGGACCUUCGUGGCUGCCCUGACUUGAAUCGACAAGGAAGGGCCCUCGCCCCACAGCCCCUCCCUCUCCUCCCCCUCCCCUCCCCUCCUCCUGCCCCCACCCCGCUGUUAAUUUGAAAGGGCCACUAUUGCUGAGUGGAUGAUUUUCUUUUCUUUUCUUUCUUUCUUGUUUUCUUUUCUUUGGUCUAGAUUGGUACCUGCUUAGUGGCACAUGGACCGGAAAGGGUUAAUUUAAAGGGGUGGGGAAAAAAACCUCAAAGUUUUUUUUUAAGAAACUGCCACAGUAUGUUACCAGUGUUAACCCUCCGCAGUUAGCAAACUUUUGCUGAAGCCUUUUUCCUGCUAGAGACUCCCCCGUUUUUCUGUCAUCUUGGCAUACACUUUUAGAUGACCUCUUUCUUUGUUUUAUUAUCACGCUGCUUGUGUGUCCAAGUAUUUCAUAAUAAGAAAAGAAUUGCUUCCCUUUUUUAUUCUCUUUUAUUCUUUUUCCUUUUCAGCACCCUGCCCUCACCCUUUCUUUACUUUUCCCCUUCCUCUUUGCUUUGUUCACUUCUUAUGAGAAUGGUAACCCUGGAGAAUAGUAGUUCUGGACUAUUGCCGGGUGAAAGUCAGAUUGUCAUCACGAUAUUAUAUAUUGACAUCCAAAUGUCAUCAGUCAGACAGGAGCCAAACAAUUAAUACCCCUCUUAAGUAUUCUGCCUGUGAUUUUGUUUUGUCUAUUCCUUAAGGAAAUGAGAGAGAGAGAGAGAGAGAGAGAGAGAGAGAGGGAGAGAGGGUUUUCUUUUUGACAAACAGAGUCUGGGCCUAGGCUGGGGCUCCAUUCUGUCCCUGCCAUGGAAACACCCAGGCUGGGAGGGAGGCAGGAGGUGGGAUGCCGGAUGGGAGGGCUCCUCUCCUCCUUUUGGGCCUCUCUCCCUCCUUUGCUCCCUCCACAGGGCUCCAGUUCUGCCUUUGCAGGCUCUGGUCAGCCAGAGGAUGGACCCUUCCAGCUCAUGAGGCCUUAGGCUCUGUUGUGUUCACUGGCUCUGGGUGCCCAAGGGGGAGGAAGCGGCCCUUCUCAGCCUUUGCUAUUUCCUGGCCCUGCAUUCCAGGGAAGAAGGGGGCUGGGGGAGCCCCCCCCCUUCUCUCAUCCCCUCCCUAGCCCAAUCCUGGGAGGGGUGAGGCUCCCAGCUCAGCCUGCAGCACCCCCUUCCUCACGUUUUCUUUGCAGACUCCUGGAGACCUAGAGGAGGGAGAAAGAGAAUACAACUAAUGGUUUUGAUUCCUGGAUCUUUUACUUUUAAUCCUGAAAGUCCCCCCUUCGGUUUGAUUUCACCUCAUUUUAAAACUAGCGCCAUGUCCCCUGUCUCACGAGGAAGCAGAGAUAAGCGUGGUCCCUGGAGGCCCAGUGUGGGCAGGGAUGGGCACCUCAGGGUGCCGGCGAUGUCCACGCAAAAGGCAUUUGUGACUUGUGGGGGGGGUGGAGGCGUGUAGCUUCCUGGGUGGGCCAGAUGAGAAGUGACAGACAUCACUUCAUCCAGAUCAGAGACUCUUCACAUUAUAUUUCAGUUUUAGUUACCGAGCACGACUCAGUAACUGCUGCAUUUUGAGCCAUCCCUCUCUCCCAGGUCCCCAGAGUUUACAGAUCCAGCAUUUUUUUUUUAGAAAGUGACCUGAAGGAUUGGGGCUCACUGCGCAACACCCAUAUUGUUUAUUUCAAAGAACUUUUCAGCAAAGAGAGAGCCGCGUCCAGAACACCCUCGCUCUUCUCUCUCCCUCUCCCACUCUUUCCUUGGCUGGCCCUUUUGGCUGAGGUCUGAGUUGCCUGUGGUUCUUGCUGGGCAGACUGGCCAGGGGCAGACCCCGACUGCAGAGGGCAGACGGAGCAGGUGGCAUUCAGGUAACAGCAAGAAGGUUCGAGCUGUCACAGUCUCUGUGACCUGCUACCACGGGCAUGGGGAGGGACGGAUAGGCUUCCCCCUGCAUGCGCUGUGGGAGAAUAGGCCAGAUUCUGGGCAAAGCUCCACCCCCCAUUCUGCUAUGUACAGCUGUUUGAGAGUUUCAUCCUUUCCCUUUUUAAACAGGAAUGAUUUCUCCUUAAUUGCUUAAGGCCGGGGAGCAAAGCGUCUUAACUUCUGUCUUUGACUUUCCCAGCAUUGAAUCCAUCAGCAUUUGGCCAUGAGCUCAAAAUCUUGGAAACCCCUGAAGUUUUAAACAUUCUCGCUCCCCACGACCCCAGAAUGGAACAGCUUUUAAAAUAGCCUUAAGCAAAAGGAUGUAAUUUCAUUAAAUUUGGUUUAAUGGAAAGAAUAAAAGCAAAUGUGAAACACACCCAACGCACGAGACCCCGAACACUGGUAAUCGGUACUGCAUAGCGAACUCUUCGGGAACGAAACUAAAAUGUUGUUGCACAUGUAAAAUAUGAAAACUUAACUCUGCUGUGUGUUAGGCAAUCCUGUCAUCUUUUUUGACUCUUAAAAGAAAUUCAUUUCUGAAAUGCUUGGUUGGAAGACUGUGACAAUAGCUCAUGAAAUUGAGUGUUAUUUUUUCUUUCUUUUUUAAAAAAAUAUGUAAAGUGCAGUCUUCCUUAUUCAUGCAUAUUGUAUAUACCUGUAUAUGUUUUCCUGAGCAGCUAAAUAACAAUAAAUAUGACGUUAAUGGUGA